AUGAGCUUCUACCCUAAUCAAGCUACAUCCGUGGUCGUUCCGGCUGAUUUGAAACCCAUCCACACAAGUCGCCUGUAUAUGCGACCGCUGACAGUGGCUGAUGCCGCGGCCAUCUUUGAGAUCCGACGACGACAAGACGUGGCAGACUGGCUCUGGCCCAAAGUCCCCCACAAAGAUAUAUCAGAGUCCGAGGCCAUCAUUGCUAAAAAAACAUUCACCACACCAGAUGCGUCAGGUGCUGUUGGGCGGAAGUUCUUCUUCGCCAUCAUCCGCUCCGAGGAUGCAUCGCAGAGGGUUAUCGGAGGAGCUGGAAUUAAUGCACUUAGCCCAGCUCCGUCAGUUGGGUACAAUAUACAUCCUGAUUUUUGGGGCAAGGGCUAUGCCACCGAGGCAGUUUCUGGCAUUAUAAAUGCGUGGUGGAAGCUUGACAGAAUGUGUGUUGACGGGACUACAUCGGGGUUAGAAAAGGAGAAACUAUUUGCGGCAUGUAAUAAAGCGAAUGUUGGCAGCAUGAAGGUACUACAGAGGACUGGGUUUGGUAUCUACCAUGAGCAGUCGAUCGAGGGUGAUGUAGUUGCACUUUUUGAGUUGGAAAAGCCCAUCAGAUAA